UGUUGUUAACUUGUCAGGCUAUGUUACAUCGAUUGCUUAUCUGUGGUAAUCAAAAUACAAACAACACAACUACAGUAUUACAGUCAACAGCAUCGUUAUCGUGUUCUAGCUCAUGGUGCUGACUCAUAUUUACUUUUGACUCACUCUUCGUUGUAUAUAUAAAAACUGUAAUUCCUCUUAAAUUGUUAUGCAAAGUUUAAAAGUUGUUGCAUAAGUUAGGUCUAGGCUAUGGUCUAUGUUAUCUGCUUGGACAUUUAGGUUCUUUUGAUAGCCUAGCUAUAGACCAUGCCUUGGCUGACAAGAACAGUUUUGCUAUAGGCCUAAACAUUUUUAAACGUCUUAAUCAUGGUAUCAGUCUUCAAACCAGGUUCUGCUGCUGAGCCUACACUACUAGUUGAUCUAACAAUUUCAUGCAGGAACCUUCCAGACUGUGAUGUUUUCUCAAAAUCAGAUCCAAUGUGUGUGAUCUAUCUUAAAACUCAAGAGAAAGAAAAAUGGCAUGAAAUUUGUAGAACAGAGGCUAUUAAAAACAACUUGAAUCCAGAUUUCACAACUAAGGUUAGACUUGAGUACAGAUUCGAAAUCCAACAAAAUCUAAGAUUUGAAGUGUACGACAUUGAUUCAACAUCACUUUCCCUUGUAGAUCAUGAUUUUCUGGGAUACUGUGAGUCAACACUGGGCCAUUUGGUGUCCAACGUCAAUGCAAAAUUGCCUCUGAAGAAUCAAUACAACAAGGGUUUGGUUUUGGUUACGUCUGAAGAAUGUGGCAUCAAUAAAGAUGAAGUUACCUUGAAGUUUCAUGGAAGAAAUCUAGACAGGAAGGAUUGGUUUGGCAGCUCAGAUCCAUUCUUAGAGUUUUGGAAAGUCUUUGAAAAUGGAGAAUAUAAAAUAGUUCAUCGCUCCGAGGUGGUUAAGUGGAAUUUGAACCCCCAUUGGAAAACAUUCACGUUGCCAGUUUAUACAUUGUGUGGCAAUGACAAUGACCGAGACAUACUUGUGAAGUGUUAUGAUUGGAACAGAAGUGGAAAUCACAGCUUCAUCGGCGAGUGUCAUGUGACGAUGGCAAUGUUGAGCAAAGGUCCAGGUCCAGCCACUGUCUUCCAUCUCAUCAACUCUCACAAAAAGCACAAACCACACUACAGACACUCGGGGGAGUUGGUGUUGACACAAUUCAGUGUGAGAACUGUCUACUCCUUCCUGGACUACAUAAUGAGCGGGACACAAAUUAACUGCUCUGUCGCUAUAGACUUCACAGCUUCCAACGGAGACCCUGCGAUCCCAAACUCCUUACAUUUCAUCAGCAACAGGCCUAACUCUUAUGAGUUGGCUCUUAGUGCAGUUGUUGAAAUAAUACAGGACUACCACUCCACCAAGCAAUUUCCAGUCUUAGGUUUUGGUGCAAGACUUCCACCUGAUGGUAGAACUUCACAUGAGUUCUAUGUAAAUUUGCAUCCUACAGAUCCUUACUGCCAAGGAGUUCAAGGUGUACUGGAGGCGUACCAGAAGUGUAUUCGUCAAGUACAGUUGUAUGGACCUACCAACUUCAGCCCUGUCAUCAACCAUGUGGCUAGGUUUGCUGCCACGUACACAGAUGGGUCUCAGUACUUUAUCUUGCUCAUCGUAACUGAUGGAGUCAUCACAGAUAUGGAGCAUACCAAGGCUGCUAUAGUGGCUGCGUCGUAUCUACCGAUGAGCAUCAUCAUUGUGGGAGUGGGGGAGGCAGACUUCUCCGCCAUGGAGGAGCUAGACGCAGACAGCGUGCCACUAAUGCUCGCAGCCUCUCUGGUCUUGGUCAUAACAUGGACCACUUCCCAGGUGUAUGCAGGGUGUGAAACAACCACACCCAUAGACACCCUGAACAUCAAACAACUGGAAGGCAAGUGGUACCGUCUGCUCAGUUUUGGGACUUUCACAAUGCACAGGCUGAGCCGCUGUCAUGAGACCAAGAUCACAGCCAACAGUGAUGGCAAGGGAUUCACCAUGGACAAUGAUCGUAUAGCUAGGCUGAUAAACACUCACUAUACGUCCACCUGGAGUGUGAAGACCAAGAGUGACAAACCUAGUGGAGACCUCACCUUCAAGUCCUCAAUGCCAAUUAUCGGAUCCUUUGUGACAAUGCCCCUAAAAGUUCUGGGUACGGACUACAAAAACUAUUUAAUACUGCACGUCUGCCGAGAGUUUGCAUACUUCUUUAGAUACAGUGCCGGUUAUGUUCUUACAAGAAAGAGGAAUUAUGAAGCAAAAGAGCUUGAAAGCAUUUAUUCCUCUAUUGAUGAAAUUCUGAAGAAAAAUGGCCUUAAUCGUAGUCAAUUCACGUUGACAAAUCAAACUGACUGUGAAGCAAAAUCAUUGACUGAUUUAAGUCUAACACAGACCAGCAGCGCUGCAGAGGGGACAAAAAUAUCGGACACUUCAGGAACUGUCGUUAAUUUUUAAUAAAUUAUGUUUGAAAAAUGAA